CGGUGAUCUGUGAUCAAAUUCCACAUCGCUGAUCGAAUCACGAACCACCGUGUGUUCGAAUUGUUAAAUUAAUGUGAUUAUCUUGCGAAUAUAUCGUAGAAUUCAUAAAAGAUGACAGACAACGAGCCUCAAAAUGAUCCAGCGGGAGACCAGCCGCAAGAAAAGUCCGCGAAGCAACUGGAGAAAGAAGCAAAAAAAGCGGCCAAAUUGGAGAAACUAAAGGCAAAGCUGGAUAAAAAGAGCACUACGCCAGCUGUCCAAAAAGAUAAACCUGAGAAAAAAGUCAAGGAGAUCAAAGAGAGUGCAGUGUACACAGCCAACACUGCUGCAGGAGAGAAGAAGGAUAUCUCCGGGACUAUGCCUGAUGCAUAUAGCCCACUCUAUGUGGAGGCCGCCUGGUAUGCUUGGUGGGAGAAACAAGGGUUCUUCAAACCUGAGUAUGGAAGAAAAUCAGUUUUGGAGCCAAAUCCCAAGGGAAGUUUUGUGAUGGUGAUCCCUCCACCAAAUGUCACUGGCACACUACAUCUUGGCCAUGCCCUUACCAAUGCUGUGGAAGAUGCCAUCACCAGGUGGCACAGAAUGCACGGCCGCACCACACUGUGGAACCCAGGUUGUGACCAUGCGGGUAUAGCCACACAGGUUGUGGUGGAGAAGAAGCUGUGGAGAGAAGAGAAGAAAACACGCCACGAACUGGGAAGAGAGGAGUUUAUUAAGCGAGUAUGGGAUUGGAAGAAUGAAAAAGGCGACAGAAUCUACGAACAACUCCGCUCGCUAGGGUCCUCGUUAGACUGGUCGCGCGUACGUUUCACUAUGGACCCGUCGAUGUGUAGAGCCGUCAAUGAGGCUUUCAUUCGUCUCCAUGAUUCUGGUGACAUCUACCGUGCUAACCGACUGGUCAACUGGUCCUGUACCCUGAAGAGUGCCAUCUCGGACAUAGAGGUGGACAAAGUGGACCUGCCUGGACGGACUAUGCUGUCUAUACCUGGCUAUGAUAGCAAGGUGGAAUUCGGUGUGCUAGUGCACUUCGCGUACAGAGUGGAGGAUUCGGACGAGGAGAUAGUGGUGGCCACCACUCGAGUAGAGACCAUGCUCGCGGACGUAGCCGUCGCCGUGCAUCCUGACGAUACCAGGUAUAAGCAUCUCAUUGGAAGGAAUGUGCUGCAUCCAAUAGUGAAGAGAAAACUUCCCAUCAUAGCUGAUGAAUAUGUUGAUAUGAACUUUGGAACUGGCGCCGUGAAAAUGUCGCCGGCACACGAUGUGAACGACUUCGAGAUCGCCAAACGUCACAAAUUGCCGAUGAUCAACAUCUUCGACGACGAGGGCAGGAUGCUGGACAACUGCGGACCGUUCGCCGGUAAGAAACGCUACGACGUUCGUCGCGAAAUUAUCAAGACGCUGGAACAGGCGAAGUCGUACAAAGAGACCAAGGAUCACGCUAUGGUGGUCCCGCUGUGCAGCCGCUCCAAGGACGUUGUAGAACCCAUGCUUAAACCCCAGUGGUACAUUCGAUGCGAUAAUAUGGCGGCUGAAGCGGUAAAAGCCGUCAAAACUGGAGAACUUAAGAUCAUCCCGGCCGUGCACGAGAAGAUCUGGUACCACUGGAUGGAGGGCAUCCGGGACUGGUGCAUCUCACGCCAGCUGUGGUGGGGCCAUCGCAUACCGGCCUACCGCGUCGCUUUACCUGCGACCAAGGAAGUCCGCGAGGUGGUGAAGCCGCACCGGCGCCGCACGCGCAGCGGCCGCAAGAAGCCCGCGCGCAAGACGCGCACGCAACCCGCCGUAACAGAAGAACAAUGGGUAUCGGCUCACAGUGAAGAAGAAGCUCUCUCCAAAGCCGCUAGCAAGUUCGGCGUGGCGCCCGAAGACAUCACGCUCACCAGGGACGACGACGUGCUGGACACAUGGUUCUCUUCCGGCCUGUUCCCCUUUUCCAUAUUCGGAUGGCCGGAUAACACUGAGGACUUGCAGGCAUUUUAUCCUGGAACACUGCUUGAAACUGGUCACGACAUUCUUUUCUUCUGGGUGGCCAGAAUGGUGUUCUUUGGGCAAAAACUACUCGGGAAAUUGCCUUUCAAAGAAAUCUACCUCCAUCCAAUGGUGCGCGACGCCCACGGUCGUAAAAUGUCCAAAUCUCUGGGCAACGUGAUAGACCCGGUGGACGUGGUGCGCGGCAUCACCUUGGAACAGCUGCACGCUCAGCUCGCGGACUCGAACCUGGACCCGCGGGAGAUCGAGAAGGCAAUACAAGGACAGAAGCAGGACUACCCUAAUGGCAUACCUGAGUGUGGCACCGAUGCCCUGAGGUUCGCCCUGUGUGCGAUGACGCAAGGUCGGGACCUCAACCUGGAUAUUCAGAGAGUGCAGGGCUACCGGUUCUUCUGCAACAAGCUGUGGAACGCGGCCAAGUUCGCGCUCAUGUACUUCCCGGCAGAUACUAGCUAUAAGGUGUACGAACCGACUCUGCCCCCAGGUCUAUCGUCAAUCGACCGAUGGAUGCUAUCAAAGGUAGCGCUGGCCGUGCAGAAAGUGGACCAAGGCUUCCAGAGCUACGACUUCCCGUCCGCCACCACGCACUGUUACAACCUGUGGCUUUACGACCUAUGUGAUGUCUAUUUGGAAUAUCUAAAACCAGUGUUCGCUCAAGGCACGGAAGAGGAGAAGUCUGCCGCCCGACGCACUCUGUAUACCACACUGGAGUAUGGACUCAAACUGAUCAGUCCGUUCAUGCCUUUCGUCACUGAAGAGCUGUACCAGAGGCUACCCAGGCAAGACACCAGCUGUCCGUCCAUCUGUAUCGCCGAGUACCCCACUGAGUCAGACACACCCUGGCGAUCUGAAGACUUAGAAGCCAACGUGGAUACCGCGCUCAAGAUAAUACAUCUCAUCCGUUCCACGCGCGCGGAGUACAACCUCGCUCACAAACAGAAGACCCGCGCUCACCUGGUCACCAGCGCACACCAGCUCGAGCUGUGUGAACUAUGCCGCAAGCUGCAGGGACUGGCCAGCAGUGAGCUGAGUGACGAGCCGCCGCCCGCCGGCGCGGCCAUACUCACCGUCAGCGACAGCAUCGAGGUGCAUCUAGUGCUCAAGGGACUGAUAGAUCCGCAAAAGGAGAUCGCAAAACUAGAAAAGAAGAAGGAAACACUAUCUCACACAAUAAGCAAGUUACAACAAGCAAUAUCAAUAGAUGAUUACACAACCAAAGUUCCAUUGGACGUGCAAAAACUAAACUCGGAGAAACUCUCGCAGUCCCAAGGGGAGAUCGAACGGUUGCAAGCCGCGAUAGAAACAUUAAGAGUAAUGUGAUGUACAUAGUAUACUUAUUAGCGAAUAUGUGUACAAUUUUUUACCUCGUCUUUAAGAAAAAUGUUGCAAAUAUCUUUGAAAAUUUAUUUAUGAAAAUCAACAUUAUUAUCAUAACAAAUUAUCUUUUGUGUGGGUUGUACAUAAUAAUGCUGAAAAAUAAGUUUAAUUU